AUGGCACAGGCACACCCUGUUCUCCUAGUCCUUUUGCUCUUCCUCUCCCCCACUGCCGUUUCUUCCUCCAAGAGAAUUCAGCCGAAGUUCUCGGCUAUCUUCUACUUUGGCGACUCGGUUCUUGACACCGGCAACAACAAUCAUCUCCCCACGGUGGCUGUAGCGAACCAUGUUCCUUACGGAAGAGAUUUCCCAGGGAAGAAACCAACAGGGAGGUUCUCCAAUGGCCGGCUUAUCCCAGACCUCCUCAACGAGAAGCUGCAACUCAAAGAAUUCUCGCCGCCGUUCCUGGAUACAAGGCUGUCGAACAACGACAUGGUGACAGGGGUGAACUUUGCAUCAGCUGGUUCAGGAUUAGAUGACCAGACGUCGCAGCUGUCCAAUACUCUACCAAUGUCCAAACAGGUGGACCUCUUCAAGGACUACCUCCUCCGGCUCAGGAACAUUGUUGGGGACAAGGAGGCUUCCAGGAUCAUUGCCAGCUCUCUGAUUUUUAUCAGCUCAGGAACCAACGAUUUCUCACAUUACUACCGUUCGUCGAAGAAGAGGAAGAUGGACAUUGGUGACUACCAAGAUCUUGUUCUCCGGAUGGUACAAGUUCAUGUCAAGGUGAAAAUAGGCAUUUCCUGCUUUUGA